GACAGCUGGUGGGUUACCUUUGGCUUCCUAGUUUUGUUUAAAUACGUUUUGCUCUCCUUUUCCCCACUGGAUUAUUAUGGUGGUCACCCCCCAGCCUGGCAUCGCAAUGAUCUACAGAAACCAGCCCGCCAACUGAUACAAGGUCCGACAGCCUUCUUCUGUGAGCAUGGAGCGGCCCGAGAGGGACCGGAGUCAAAGUACGGACCGGAGCCGGAGUAAGAGUAGGAGCCGGAGUAGGGACCGGAGUCGGGGUAAAAACAGGAGCCGGAGUGACAGUAGCAGCCGGAGUCGGGACCGGGACCGGAACAGGAGCAGGAGUGGGAGUCAGGACCAGAGUCGGAGUCAGAGUAAGAGCAGGAGCCGCAGUAGGGACCGGAACAGGAGUCGGAGGAAGAGCAGGAGCCCAGACCGGAUCCCGAGCAGGGCCCGGAGCAGGACUCCCUCAGAGCACGAAAAUGACGACAAGGAGAACUGCAGUAAGACGGUUGCAGAAAGUGGGGAGGGGGCCCGGCCCAGCCCAGGGAGUGGGAGCUCCAGAGGUGGGUCCAGGGACAGCGACUCGGACAGCGACUCCGGCAGUGAAGAGAGCGACAGUGAGGAGGAGGAGGAGGGCCGUCGGAUGAAGAGCAGCGUGGCCCAGAUCAGGCGCGGUUCUGACGACGGAAGCAGGAACAGACGCAGGAGCUCGUCUGCAGAGCAGAGGCACAGAGAGCGGGGGCGUUCCCGGUCUCAUUCCCGGUCCCGGUCUCAUUCCCGAUCCCGAUCCCGCAGUCAGGACAGGGAGCGCUCCGAGGAGCGGGGCCGUCGCUAUGGCAGAGGUUACUACGGCAGCGGGAGAAACCGUGACAGGUCGAGGGGGCGGUAUCCGAGCAGGGAGCGGUAUCGGGAGCGGGGUGACCGGGAUUGGGCCGAUCGGGAUUGGGGGCGGCGCUCCAGUCGGGACAGGGAGGCGGAGCCUCGUAGGCGGGGCCGGUCAGCCUCCCCAGCACAGAGGGACGAGCCCCCCGCAGAGCAGCCCCCCGUCAAGAAGAGGAAGGAGGAGCUGGACCCCAUCCUGACCCGCACGGGCGGGGCCUACAUCCCCCCCGCCAGACUGCGCAUGAUGCAGGCGCAGAUCACCGACAAGAGCAGUCUGGCUUUCCAGAGGAUGAGCUGGGAGGCCCUGAAGAAGUCCAUCAAUGGUCUCAUCAAUAAGGUCAACGUGUCCAACAUCGGCAACAUCAUCCACGAGCUUCUGCAAGAGAACAUCGUCAGGGGCAGGGGGCUCCUCACCCGGUCCGUGCUCCAGGCUCAGAGCGCGUCUCCCAUCUUCACGCACGUAUACGCCGCUGUUGUCUCCAUCAUCAACUCCAAGUUCCCACAGAUCGGAGAGCUCAUCCUGCGCCGACUCAUCCUCAACUUCCGCAAGGGCUACAGGAGGAACGACAAGCAACAAUGUCUGACGGCGUCCAAGUUUGUGGCUCACCUCAUUAAUCAGAAUGUGGCCCACGAGGUGCUGUGCCUGGAGAUGCUGACCCUGCUGCUGGAGCGGCCCACGGACGACAGCGUGGAGGUGGCCAUCAGCUUCCUGAAGGACUGCGGCCUGAAGCUGACUGAGGUCUCGCCCCGCGGCAUCAACGCCAUAUUCGAGCGGCUGCGUAACAUCCUGCACGAGUCGGAGAUCGACAAGCGCGUGCAGUACAUGAUCGAGGUGAUGUUCGCCAUCCGGAAGGACGGCUUCAAGGACCACCCGGUGAUCCCCGACGGGCUGGACCUGGUGGAGGAGGAGGACCAGUUCACCCACCUGCUGCCCCUGGAGGACGAGUACAACCAGGAGGACAUCCUGAAUGUCUUCAAGAUGGACCCCGACUUUCUGGAGAAUGAGGAGAAGUACAAAGCCAUCAGAAAAGAAAUCCUGGAUGAAGGCAGCUCUGACUCCGGCUCCGGGGACGAAGCUGACGGCAGUGAUGAAGAUGAGGAUGAGGAGGAGGGAGAGGCGGGAGAAGACGAGCAAGAGAAGAUCACCAUUUUCGACAAGACUGAAGUGAACCUGGUGGCGUUUCGCCGCACGAUAUACCUGGCCAUCCAGUCCAGCUUGGACUUUGAAGAAUGUGCUCACAAGUUAAUCAAGAUGGACUUCCCUGACAGCCAAACAAAAGAGCUGUGCAACAUGAUUCUGGACUGUUGUGCCCAGCAAAGGACCUAUGAGAAGUUCUUUGGCCUCCUGGCUGGGAGGUUUUGUCUUCUGAAGAAAGAGUACAUGGAGAGUUUCGAGGCCAUAUUCCAGGAGCAGUACGAGACGAUUCACCGCCUGGAGACCAACAAACUGCGCAACGUGGCCCGGAUGUUUGCCCAUCUCCUGUACACCGAUUCCGUCCCAUGGAGUGUCAUGGAGUGCAUUAAAGUCAGCGAAGACACGACUACGUCGUCCAGUCGAAUUUUCGUCAAGAUUCUGUUCCAGGAGCUGUGCGCCUACAUGGGCCUUCCCAGACUGAACGAGAGGCUGAAAGACCUCACGUUGCAGUGCUUCUUCGAGGGCCUCUUUCCUCGAGACAAUCCCAGAAAUACCAGAUUCGCCAUCAACUUCUUCACCUCCAUCGGCCUGGGUGGUCUGACCGAUGAGCUCCGUGAGCACCUGAAGAACGCCCCCAAAAUUAUCAUGACGCAGAACCAGGACGUGGAGUCGUCGGACUCCGACGACUCCUCUUCCUCGUCUGAUGACUCCUCUUCCUCCUCGGACAGCGAGAGCAGCAGUGACAGCGAGAGCAGCUCCGACUCCAGCAGCAGCUCAGAUUCCGACUCCAGGCGGAAGCGGAAGGAGGCGAGCUCCAGGAAGAAGGACGAGCGCUUUGGCAGGGAUUCCCGUACGGAGGAGCGCCCUGUGGUCAGGCGCGAGGCCCGGCCUAGGGACAGCAGCCCAGAGGAGCGUCACCGAGAGCCCCGCCCAAUCGACCGCGACCGUGAGCGAGAUCUCCAACCCAGCGACCGCGAACGCCACCGGGAGCCGCACCCAAAUGACCGCGAUCGAGAUCUCCAACCCAGCGACCGCGAACGCCACCGAGAGCCCCGCCCAAUCGACCGCGACCGUGAGCGAGAUCUCCAACCCAGCGACCGCGAACGCCACCGGGAGCCGCACCCAAAUGACCGCGAUCGAGAUCUCCAACCCAGCGACCGCGAACGCAACAGAGAGCCCCGGCCCAGCGACCGCAAACGGGACCGGAGCCCCAACCUCAGCCGCAAGGACCGCGACCCAAACCACAGCCCUAAGGACCGCACCCGCGAACGUGACCGUAGCCCCAAAGACCGCGACCGCAUGCCCAACCGCGAACAGGAUGACAGCCAGCCGGAUCCCGGCAAACGCAGGGACGGGGCGAAAAACGGCUCCCAGCCCGAGCAGGACAGGGAGAGACGGCGAAGCCGCGAAGACCGACGCCGGGACCGCUCGCCCUCCGGAGAGAGGAGGCGCAAGGAGCCGGAGGGGAGGCGCAAGGACCCGGACCCCAGGGAGGCGCACCGGAACGGGCUGGAGAGGGCAGAUAAGGAGAACAGGCACUCGGACAGACACAGAAACUCCGGGAGGGGGGAGGAGAGGAGCAGGGACACCUCCCCAAGGAGGAGGAGAUAGCUCCACUCUCAAAGGGAGGCCCACGCGACCAGCCAGUGGCAUUUAAAAAUCAUUUCUCCUGCUGCUCCCUGGGUGAUUAUGUGAAACUAAAACAGGACCGUUAUCUCUCACUGAAGUAAUCUGGUAAAGUCUUUCCAAAAUGGCCGCUUUCUCACAAGUGGAUCCUUCUGGUGGUUUCUUCUUUCUGUUUAGCCUUUUUUUUCUUCGUUUUUUCCCCCUCUGAAUAAUGUUUUUGUUUCUGUUUAUUUUUGGAGUUAUGUAAAGUUUAUGAGUUAGGAAGGCUUAUGUAUUUGUAACACAAUGCCAAUUUGUAUCCUUCAUGCAAAUACGUUUCCAGUGAUAUUUUUGUGUUUAAAACAUGCAAAAAGUUUAACUGCUGAUUGUGACAUGCUGAAUUUAUUAAAGCUGAGAUUUUGUA